GUUCAAUCUUCAUCCAUUCAUUCAUACCCUCUCUCUCUCUCUCUCUCUUGAAGAAGAAGAAAAGAGGAAAAAUGGCGUCUUCCAUUUCUCUGGCCAAAUUCUCCCAUCCUCUCGUGCCCCUCAACUCCUCCGCAAGAUCUGCCGACAGGCCCCUCUUCUCCGAUCCCCUUUUUUCCUCCGCCGCCUCUCUUCUCGCCGCCUCUUCCUCCGCCAAGCUUCCCAAGCUCGCCGCCUCCAGAUCCACCCGUCUCCGCGCCGUCUCCAAUGUCGCCAAGGAAACCAACCUCAAUUCCGCCCCUUCCCCCUCCAAUUUGCUGAUUACCAAUCAAGAAGGUUUGGUGUUGUUUGAGGAUAUGGUUCUGGGGAGGGCCUUCGAGGACAUGUGUGCUCAGAUGUACUACUGGGGCAAGAUGUUUGGUUUUGUGCACUUGUACAACGGCCAGGAAGCUGUUUCCACUGGUUUCAUCAAGCUCCUAAAGAAGGAAGACUGCGUGGUGAGCACGUACCGCGAUCAUGUCCAUGCUUUGAGCAAGGGUGUUCCUGCCCGCCAAGUGAUGAGCGAGCUCUUUGGAAAGACCACCGGCUGUUGCAGAGGCCAGGGUGGGUCAAUGCACAUGUUCUCCAAGGAACACAAUGUCCUUGGUGGGUUCGCUUUCAUAGGAGAGGGCAUUCCGGUCGCCACGGGGGCAGCUUUCUCUUCAAAGUAUAGGAGAGAGGUUUACAAGGACGAGAGCUGCGAUCAUGUGACUCUCGCCUUUUUCGGGGACGGGACUUGCAACAAUGGCCAGUUCUAUGAGUGCUUGAACAUGGCUGCGCUGUGGAAACUGCCCAUCGUCUUUGUUGUCGAGAACAAUCUGUGGGCCAUUGGUAUGUCCCACUUGAGGGCUACUUCUGACCCGGAGAUUUGGAAGAAGGGUCCCGCGUUCGGCAUGCCUGGCGUUCACGUAGAUGGAAUGGAUGUGCUGAAGGUGAGGGAGGUGGCUGAGGAGGCCAUCGGCAGAGCUAGGAGGGGCGAAGGUCCUACUCUGGUUGAGUGUGAGACUUACAGGUUCAGGGGACAUUCUUUGGCCGACCCCGAUGAGCUUCGCGACCCAAGUGAGAAGAGCCACUAUGCGACGCGGGAUCCCAUCACGGCGUUGAAGAAGUACUUGUUGGAAAACAGUCUGGCGACGGAGGCAGAGCUGAAAGGGAUCGAGAAGAGGAUAGAGGAGGAGGUGGAAGAGGCCGUGGAGUUUGCGGACAAGAGCCCGGUCCCGGCCCGUACCCAGCUUCUUGAAAACGUGUUUGCCGAUCCCCGCGGGUUCGGGAUCGGACCGGACGGGCGGUACAGAUGUGAGGAUCCCAAGUUCACAGAGGGCACUGCUCAAGUUUGAAUAAUCAAAUGAAUCAAACUCUUCUUGUGGUGCCAUCCAGUUUCAUCAUCAUCAUCAUCCUCUUCCAUCAUUUAUAUAGAUAGAUAGCAGCAUAUUUUGGGUUGUUUUUUUUUUUUAAUUUAUGAAUGAAUGGGUACUCAUAAUAUACCUUCAAAAACAGUGUUUCAUUAUUAUAAUGUCUUUAAAAAUAUUUCCCUAGCUCUAAAGUAUUGCUCCUGUUUAAUUUUUUUUUUCAAAAGAAAAUAAAAGUUUUGAUUAAAGGCUUUGCAUUGUU